GAUGUGAUACAGGUUUUGGGCAUGGAGCUGCCAAGCAUCUUGAUGCACUUGGUUUUUAUGUGUUUGCUGGCUGUCUGAAGAAGGGCGGGGAUGGUGAACAAGCUCUUGUUUCUGAGUGUUCAAAUCGAUUGGUUACUUUACAACUGGACGUGACAAGCGAUGACCAAGUGAAAGCAGCACUGGAAGUUGUUAAACAGCACCUAACUAACAAAGAACUCUGGGGUCUGGUGAACAAUGCUGGUGUGUGCAUCAUGGUAGAGACCGAGGUCUGUUCCCUGGACAUGUUUCAGAAGUUAUGGGAAAUAAAUUGCCUAGGUCAAGUUCGAAUGGUCAAAGCAUUCCUUCCGCUUUUACGAAGAUUUAAAGGUCGAAUUGUAAAUGUCACCAGUUUGUGUGCUCAGUUGUAUACUCCAAGCCUUCCAGCCUAUUGCUCCUCAAAAGCUGCAGCGGCCAUGUUUACUGAUGUACUGCGGAAUGAAGUAAAGAAAUGGGGAAUAAACGUCUCUUCUAUAGAACCAGCUGGAUUUAAAACUGCUGCCACCACGUCAGGUCUGAUGCAGCAGACAAUAACAGAUAUGAAGGAACGGCUGCCUGCAGAGUUGCGUCCCAUCUAUGGAGACCACUACUUCAAUGUCAUGCAAAGUCGGUUGUACAAGGAAAAUGAUCCCAGAUUGGAAACUGAUCUCACUUCUGUAUACCAUGCCAUAACUCAUGCUCUUCUAGCCAGACGCUCAAAGACACGUUACGUUUGUGGAUAUUUUGCACCAGUUCUUGCCUGGAUGUUCAACCACUUACCAAACCCAGUUCUUGAUUUCAUAGCCAGUUUUUCGGGAACGUUGGUAACAAAAGCUGAUAUAGUCCCGAACGGAAACAAAAAGUCACAAACUAGUACAAAAAAUGCUGCUGUAAAACAAGACUGAGCGCAAAGUAUUACUGUGUUGUAAAUUUGUUGAUAUUUAAUUUGCCAAGAUCAUGCCUGUUUGCUUUCCUACCAUGUGCUAAAAACAAAUCGUGUUCUCAAUGGGUCUAUGAUUACUAGAAAUUUGUUAAUUUUUAUAUUUAUUUUAUCUCUGCAGAUGUAGGUUUUUGCAUUUUAUGAAUUUGUAUUAGAAUUAGAAACUUGGGUACAAGUAUGGAAAAAGAACUGGUUUUAGGAAGAAAGCUUAAAUAUUUGACAUCAUGAGACUGCCUUCUGCUCAUUAAAACUUACAUGUAACAUACAUCUGAGCACUUUUUAAUUACUUUUAAAGAUGUACUGUCCCUUGAAAUGACCAAAAAUAAUUUUUAAAUUAACUUGUUCAUUUUGCAGUAACAUACAAAUUAUUAACUUGAGCAUAGAAUUCCCAGAUUUUUUAACUGGAUAACUAUAAUAAAGAUAAUAAAACAUUUCCAGUGACUGGAAGUGUUUCUAUCAUUUUUUCACUGUAAAAUCAUGGUUUUUAUGGGUAUGCAUUUUUUAAAUACACUAAUUUCUAUGUUCAAGUUGAUAAUUUUAAUGUUACUUCAAAAUGGGUAAGUAAAUUUCAAAAAUGAUUUUUUUUCGUUUUUUGCAAGGGACAUUACAUCUUUAAACUUGUGCCAAAUUAUUAGAAUAUUAAGUGUAAUAAACACUAUGUUGGGAGAAAAAAAAAAUAAAACAAAUUUGGUCAUGAUAAAAAAAUUAGAGACAGGAAUUGAACCUAUUGGAAGGCAGGCAUCUAACCGCAAAGUUGUAUCUGUACGUCUCCACUAUUAUCAGCAUUGUCAAGUUGGUAGCGAUUGCAGCAUUUCAGAUAAUUGUCGCUUCAGGGUCCCUCCUCCUUACGGGAGAAAUGAGCUUUGUGUUGUUUGGAGUGUUUCCUUAUCUGUUGUGGGUCCAGGGGUUAUAAACCCUGGAAGCUUUCGAGAUUUAGCAGUUUUUAGCUCUGUUUUGUAAGUAAUUGCACUCUUGCUUAGUGAUUUUUUAUUAAAUUAUACUUUGCUACCCAUGGUGUACUGAUCGGCAAUGACUUCCGUGAGAAAAUUGAUAACAAAGCAGUAAAAACUUGCAAAUAUUAUGAAUUUGCGGGAUAUGGGUUAUUUUCCGGGAGAUUUUUGCUUGCUUGUGGGAGGCUGUCCUGAUUUCCGGGAGAGUCCUGGAAAAAUUUUGAUCCCUGAUACUUUAUACACUCCAGUGGAAUAUUUCGUAAUCCAAACAAAACUAUUCUUAUUUUUGUACAGUAAAUAAACUUAUUUUUUAGUUAACUUAUAAAUAAUAUGUAUUGUAAGAUUAACUUUUCAAAAGAAUGAAACAUUAAAUGUGGUUAAAUACUUUUUUUUUUUUAUCAUGAUUAAUAAGUGAUUACUCCAUACUACUGUACUUUCAUCAAAUAAUGAAUUUAUAUUUUUAAAAUGACCAAUCGGGUAUAGUCAUGAGUAUGCAUUAAUACAUAAUAGAUAAUUAAAUUUUAUUUAAAAUGUUGAACUUACUUUAAUUAGUAGAGGAAGAACAAGUAACAAGCGUGUUGGUGUUGCAUAUAAAUACAGCAUUGUCAAAGUUUGAAUAAAUAUGUACAAUUUACUUUUUAAUUUACAGUAGUUAGUACUUAUUAGAGAUACAUUCCUUAGCAUUAUUCAUUUAAAAAAAAUUAUUUUUGUAUUUUUAUGAAGAUAAAAACAUCCGGAUCUAUUAAUUUAUAUACAACUGUAAUACAAUCGGAAUGCCAUUAAAUAAGAAAUAAAAAGACAGUGGUCUUGUAAAAA